AAGCUAAAAUACGAGCGAAGUACAUACCCGACGUCUGGAACGGGUAGCGGAGGAGUUGAUGGGCCGUAGGAGAUGGAAGCAAUAUCAGGACACCCUGUACAGCGGUACUCGCAGCAGCGAAUCAGUGACGGCACAGCCCCACCACCGGCUUUACCCGGCGUUUUCGUCGUCCUGCGACCCGGUGCCCGGCAACUUGGAACAAAUUGGGCCGCGUGCGCUUCAUCCCGCGUCCACCUCGUUACCCACAACGAUCACGACGACAACGAGCACGGCGUCGGCGGCGACGGCGGCGGCAGCAGCAGCAGCAGCAGCAGCAGCAGCAGCGGCAGCGAUAACGACGGCCAGCACCAUCAGCACAGCAGCGGCAACAACGGCGACGACGGCGUCGACGACAAGCCUGGUCAAGCAGGAGAGCCUGCAAAGGCACCCCCUGCAAAACCACCAUCACCUCCAAUCAUCGGUACAAGAUCACCAUCGUCACUAUCAGCAGCAACAAGAGGACCAGCGACGUCUCAGGCCGGACGAGGUAAAGGUCGAGAUCGGGGAGGACGAGUUCCCGAACGGUGUCGCGCGGGAGGAGCCGGCUGCGAAGGCGACGGAGGCGUCGACAGCGACAACGGUAACAACGGCGACGACGGCAGCGGCGGCGGCGACGGCGGCGACCACAGGCACGAGCAUCGCCACCAGCAGCACGAACAGCACCGGCACGGUCCCAACGAUCGCGUCGGCGAACGCGACGGCCACCAUGACCACUGGCACGACCACGAUCCCCACCAGGCGGAGACGCAAACGCCGGCAGAACGACGGAGACGGUGCCACGGACGACAGAGAGGACGACGAAGAAAACGAGGAAGAGGAGGAUGCCAGGUGCCAGAACGAGGCGGAGAAGAGGCUCAAGCUCGAUCAGGAUGCCGACAGGCCGGUCAGUCCUCUCAGAAGGGAAAAGGAUCGAGCAACUCGGGACUAUCCGACUGCCAACGCUACCGAUACGGAAGGGACCAAGGAACGAACGGAGGAAGUCGCGUUGGUGCGGACACCGGUGACGCAGGGCUUGCUGAGAGUGAAGAAAGAGGAGGAGUUACAAGAAGCGCCGAGUUCUGGAGGCGGACCAACGAUACUGACGAUACCGGCUCCGGAUUCGGAUGGGACCAGGUCAGGGUUGCCGUGUCGGGAGGUUGACACGGCCGCUAGAAACGCGGUGCCGCCGUUUCUCAUUGGAGGCCGACGUACCAGCCCACCACCGGAAGACUGGAAGCCAAUGGACAAAUGCUACUUCUGCCUGGACGGCAAGCUGCCGCACGAUGACCAACCGCCCCUCAGCCCGCAGAGCGACAGCAGCAGCAGCUCGCGAUCGGCCGAGUCACCGAUGUCGGUCCAGGUGGACCCGAUGGCGGCGUCAGUGGUCGCCGCGGCCCUUAGCGGCACCUACCCCACCCUGCUGCCCCAAUGGUGUCUGCCACCAAGGGAAGCGCCUCUCGUUGGGGUGCAGGCACACCAGGACAGCGCGACGCCAGUCGAUCAGCCGCUCGACCUCUCGGCCAAACCCAAAAAUUCUCAGGACAACAACAUAUCGCUUCUGGAACAACAGAAAAUACCUCUAAGGAUGCCGGCAGGUAUCGACCCCAAGAGUAUCUUUAAUUCGUGUUACCGCGCGAAACCGCGUAUGACCGGGCCGGUGGCUGUGACGGCGGCGGCAGCUGCGGCGGCAGGCGUCGGUGGUGUCCCCGUGGUGGGUGCCGGGGGCGGCCGGAGGGCCUACACCGAGGAGGAGCUGCAGUGCGCCCUCAGAGACAUCCAGAGCGGCAAGCUCGGCACACGAAGGGCGGCCGUGAUCUACGGAAUACCGCGUAGCACCCUGCGCAACAAGGUCUACAAGCUUGCGAUGGAGCGCGAAAGGGACGCGUCCCUGUCUAGCACCCACUCACACCCUCACGAGCCCGGCGCCCCAGCCACCACCACCACCACCAUCACCACCACCACCACCACUACUACAACUACAACUACAACAACACCACCAAAUACGACCCAAAACGCCUCCGCGACCACUCCGCCCCCGCAAGUGGACGAGGUAGGUUUUGGGGACAGAACAAGAGAGAGGAAAAUGAGAGCGAGAGAAUGAUUGGAAUUUUUUAGGCAGACGGACGUGGAAGAAUGGGUGGGAGAGAAAGAGAUAGAUUGAGAGAGCGAGAGAGGUGUUUGCGAAAGAGGGAUGGAGAAAGAGUGAAAGAGGAUAGCGGAGAGUAAGGGAAAACGUCGUGACGAUACGAUAUUCGCCAUUGCCCGAUAUUUUAUCAUGGUACCCCGAUCCCGGCGACGUCGGCGCCCAACACCGGUGCGAGUGCCUUGCCGACGGGGCCCUGAAACGUGCAGGUUCCCACAGAGAAUUGAGAAUUGGCGAAAGACGAGGAGUAGAUUGCGGAACGAAAGGUAGCCACCGAGUCUCUACGGAUAGAGGGAACGGUUCCAGGGGUGUCUGGGUAGGGAGGCGCAGGGAUGAUUCGAGAUCACGCUUCUUCUGGCACCGGCGGCACUAGUUUCGUUCCCAACGUCCGGCAAGAGUCGUCACGCUCGGGACGCUGUUUCGCAUUCGAUGCCCGAUAAUCGUAUCAGCGACGGUACGAGGAGUCGCCCGCAGGUUCGGAGUGAUUCCAUUCCGAUCCGCGUCGUUCCAGCCCCGCUCCGCGUGGAAGUUAACCGCGCGUUUCAAACAAUAAUCCGAUAGAAACGUCGAUAAGUAUAACCGGUAGCCACGCGUGUCUUUAACGCUCGCGACGGCCUCGUCCCGGCCGUUCCAUUCCGCCCGUUUGCGACGCGAUCCGAUCGAGUGCUACCGGUACGGUUCGUUUCUGGCCCGGCGCCGCGUCGCUGGCCGCCGGUUAUCGCUCGGGGGACGAUCGUCUUCGGACGCGCGGUUCAUCUCGAACGGCGGACAAAGCGCGAGGAUUAGGGGAUGGCCGGAUGUGAGCGGGCUGGAGGAUCGCGCCGAUGGUCGAUCGCGCGGGGGAUGCCCGCCC